CAACCGAAAGUUGCGCUACUGUACAUUGUUGUUCGAACGCCCAGGAUACGCUUGUCGCUUGCGCUUGAUUGUGUUUAGUGAAGCUGUAAAAGUCGGUUUUGAAUAGGAAGAGGGAUCAUAUAUCGUAAAACAUGGAGAAAAACGCUAUGGUUGCUGUUCUGCAGCUUCUGAAGAAAUAUAAUUUAAAGGGAACCGAAGAAUUAUUUAGAAAGGAAGCUAACCUAACAGAUGUCACGAUUGAUGAUACUCAACAAACUGAUUCCGAGGUGACCAGCGUCCUGUCUGCUUACAAAAGCGAGGGAGAUCCUGCACAGUAUGAGAAAGCGUACAGUGAAUUGAAGAAAUUUGUAGAAGGAGCCCUGGAUAUUUAUAAGCAUGAAUUGGGUACUAUAUUGUAUCCAGUAUUGGUACACAUGUAUCUGGAGCUAGUUUACAAUAACCAUUCUGAAGAAGCGAAACAGCUCAUGGAAAAAUUUAGCGAAAAUUUAGAGGAAUAUUAUCAGGGUGACUUGAAGAGAUUAUCCAACGUGACAAAACGUGAGCAAAUGGCAGGAAAUGAGAUAACGGAUACCUUUAAAUCAAAUCAGUUCAUAAUCAGGAUGUCGAGGGACACCCUUUCUAUAUUGAAGCGACACUUACAAGAGAAGAAACACAGCGUCUUAUUAAAUAUCAUACAGGAGCAUCUCUAUUUUGAUAUGUAUGAAGGCGUCGCUCGUAAUAAGGAACAGAUAGACGCGAUAUCUGGAGCUAUGGGAGGGGAGGCUACCAGGCAAGAUAAUAAGGCCAAAGUAUAUUAUGGACUUUUGAAGGAGCCAGAUAUCCAGUGCGUACCGCCGGCCGAAGAAGAAGAGGACGACACAGCUGGCGGAGACGGAGACAAACCAAAAAAGAAAAAGGCUAAAAAGGAUCCUUUAUUCUCGAAGAAAACUAAGUCAGAUCCAAAUGCACCGUCCGUAGGCAGAAUGCCCUUGCCCAAUUUAAAAGAUGCGGAUAAACUGGAGAAAGUUAAAGCACUGAGGGAAGCAUCGAAAAGGGUUGUUCUGGGAUCUGACACGUUACCAUCCAUAUGCUUUUACACAUUGUUGAACGCGGUUCAUACUGUAACUACAGCAGAAGUAGCGGAAGAUUCAAGUUUAUUAGCUAUCGGAUUUGCGGAUUCCGGUAUAAAAGUAUGGAGUUUAAUUCCACAAAAGCUGAGACUGAUGAAAACGGGUGAACAACUGCAAGAUAUUGACAGAGAAGCAGAUGAUGUAUUGGUCAGAAUGAUGGACGAUCGAACAGCCGAAACUGCAAGGAAUCUGUAUGGCCAUAGUGGACCAAUUUACAGUCUUUCAUUCAGCCCGGAUAGAAAUCUGUUACUUUCAUCAUCAGAAGAUACCACAAUAAGGCUAUGGUCACUCCAUACGUGGACUUGCGUGGUCUGCUAUAAAGGCCACCUCUUUUCGGUAUGGUGCGUAAAGUUCUCGCCACACGGUUAUUACUUUGCAAGUACUUCAAACGAUAAAACUGCUAGGCUGUGGGCGACUGAUUCUCAUCAACCGUUACGAAUAUUUGCCGGCCAUUACUCGGACGUUGACGUAGUUCAGUUUCAUCCAAAUUCAAACUACGUCGCGACUGGCUCGAGUGACAUGACCGUCAGAUUGUGGGACUGCGUGACCGGUAACCAAGUGCGACUAAUGACUGGGCACAAAGGACCGAUCUACUCUCUCGCCUUCUCGGCGGAAGGACGAUUUUUGGCGUCAGCCGGCGCCGAUACUCGAGUACUCGUGUAUGACCUGGCACACGGUCAUCUUGUUGCGGCUCUAUCCGGUCACACCGGUAACAUACAUUGCCUCUCGUUUAGUCGAGAUGGCAAUAUCUUAGUUUCAGGAUCUUUGGACUACACGCUAAAGUUGUGGGACUUCACGAAGUUAGCAGAAGAGAUGAGUUUAGAGGACGUCAACGUUUCGCACAACCCAGACGUGAAGACCAACGCGGAAUCGUAUCUAUUGCGUACUUUCCCUACAAAAACUACGUCUGUCCUGACGUUGCAUUUUUCGCGGAGAAAUUUAUUGCUAGGUGUUGGUAUGUUUGAUUCGACAUAAUUUAUGACAUAUCUCGUAUGCACAUUGUGUAUAAUUUAUACAUGAACCCCAGAGAUAAAUGUAUCAUAAAUAUUAAUAAAAUUUUCACGUUUUAUUA